AUGACUGAUGCAUGCGCCCUUUGCGGAUGUUCAAACCCAAGCUGUUUAUAUCACUGCCCACGCACACAAAUGUGCUUUUGCAAUGGAAAAUCAAACCAAAAACAAUCACAUGCUUUAAUUGCAAUUAAUUGGCUAAGAGAUUCUGGUCUUAAUUUAGAAUGCACAAAAUGCGGAUGCAGGAAUAUAUAUGCACUAGGAUUCUUGAAAGACAGCAAUGUUAUUAUUUGUAGAGACAAUUGUUUGCAACCAAAUGAAGAUUUUGAUCCGUUAAUAAGGAAUAAUGAAUUAAAUCCAAGAUUAUUUGCGAUUCCUCCUGCUGAACAAUGCUCUGAAGUUACUGAAGAAAAAUUAAAAUUAGUUCAUGAGGAUUUCCUUCGAAAAACAGGAAAAGGAAAUUUAACUCAAUUGAAUGCCAAAGAAAUCAUUGAAUGCAAAACAAAAUACCCUUCAGAACUCGAUUACAAAGUUACGAUGCAGAGAUGCAUCAUGAAUGAAAAAGAGUUUUCGCGAAUGAAGACAAACAGAGAUUGUUUUCCAAUGAUCAAUAUUACAUGGACAUCUACAAAGGAAUGCUAUUUUACAGGAGUUGGAAAACUUCUAACUGUUUGCACGGCAGGACAAUCAAUCAAAAUCACAUACAAUGAUGAAGAUGAGUAUUGUGUUGUCAAAGUUGUUAGAUACCCGCAGAUUUAUUUGGAAUUUUAUGGAAAAUCUCGCUUUUACCAAAAAGAAUAUGUUACAAUAUCUAUUCUUUUUAUGGAAAUACCUUAUUUAAGACAAAACAGAGCAGUUUCGGAGUUUUCAAAUAUAAAUGAUAUCGAAAAAUCUGUUUUCCUUGGAGAUUUUCAGAAUUUUGAGGAAAGAAAUCAAAUGAAACCUAUACCAAUUAACCAUGCUAUAAAAGCGAUUCCAUUGAAUGAUGCCCAAAAAUCAGCUGUCCAAUAUGCUGUAAAUCAUCAUUUUUCAUACAUCCAAGGACCUCCUGGAACAGGAAAAACAACAGUUAUUGCAGCGAUUGUUAUUGCUCUUUUGAAUGAAACUAAUGAGAGAAUUCUUGUUGUUGGACAAUCAAAUGUUACAGCAGACAAUGCAUGCAACAUUUUGAGUAAAUAUGGCGUUAAAGUUGCUAGGAGCAAUUCCAUUACAAGAGAAAUGGCUAUUCAAAACUUCUUUAAUAGUAUUGAUCCAAUAAAUGAUGAUGAUCCUGAAUUGAGAGAAAUUCUCAAAAUUCAUUAUCUAAAGCAAUUAAGAUAUAUGAAGAGAAAAACGGGCACAAAUUCGACAAAGAUAAGAAAAGCAAUCUCGAAGCUGUUUACAAACGUGAAUUGA